CUGUCUGCAGCCAGGUCUGCUCGCUGGGUACUUAGUCCAGGAGAAUAUUCAGGUGUAUUGUAAAUAUCCAUCGAUACCGUUUCAGGCUGAUUUCAACAGACAUUACGAGGGUUUCUUUCAAGGGAAGAUAAUGCCGACGGCUGUAAAUAAAAAUUCCGACUUGGAGUUUGACUCCUUACAACCUUGCUUCUAUCCGGAUGAAGAUGAUUUCUAUUUAAGUGGCCCCGACUCUGCUCCACCUGGAGAGGACAUCUGGAAAAAAUUUGAGUUGUUGCCCACGCCUCCUCUCUCCCCGAGCAGAGCCGGCAUCCCUGGGGAUGCGGCUUCUGUAUCUAGCGACUCGGCUCCGCCGGGGUUCGGAUUAGCAAGCCCUUUGGAGUGGGCGUCGGAGCUCCUUCUGCUUCCCGAAGAUGAUAUUUGGGGGGCGUCGGACGGAGACCUGUUUGGGAGCGCUUUGGAAAGUAACCUGAACUCUAUAAUUAUCCAAGACUGCAUGUGGAGUGGAUUUUCGGCCCGGGAGAACCUCGAACGAGCGGUGAGCGAGAAGCUGGGGAAAGCCAUUUCCACGGCCGCCAGCUGCGGCCAGAGGAUCGGCAGGGACGAUAAGGCGGCGGAGCUGGGCGCUCCCGUUCCGGAGUGCGUGGAUCCCGGCGUGGUUUUCCCCUUCCCCGUUAACAAAAGUAACAGCAGUAGCAGCAGCAAUAGUACAAGUGCUCCCGGGACAGCACCUUCGGCGGCUGCCAAACGCAAUGCUGACGACACCCCAAGCGACUCCGAUGAUGAUGACGAUGAUGAUGAUGAUGAUGAAGAUGAGGAGGAGGAAGAGGAAGAUGAGGAGGAAAUCGAUGUUGUGACAGUGGAGAAGAGGCGGUGCGGAGCCGGCAGGACCAAGGCGGGGCCCAGUGGCCAGAGUGCGGCCCGCCCCCCGCAGGAGCUGAUCCUGAAGCGAGGCGCCCCCAUCCACCAGCAGCACAACUACGCGGCGCCGUCACCCUACGCGGAGGAGGAGGAUGCCCCCGCGCCGGCGAAGAAGGCCAAAGGCGAGCCCCCGCGGGCCGGCAAGGCCGGUGGCAACGUGCCUCCUGCAGCCGCCCCGCAGAGGUUGCGAAAGAACGACAGCCCACGGGGCUCCGAUUCGGAGGACAGCGAGCGGCGGAGGAACCACAACAUCCUGGAGCGCCAGCGGCGCAACGACCUGCGCUCCAGCUUCCUGCUGCUGCGGGACCACGUGCCGGAACUGGCCCGCAACGAGAAGGCAGCCAAGGUGGUCAUCCUGAAGAAGGCCGCUGAGUACCUGUGCACCCUGGAGGAUGACGAGCGUCGGCUGCAGCUGGAGAAGGACCGGCUGCAGGUUCGAAGACAGCAGCUCAUCAGGAGGCUGGAGCUAGCCAGGACUCGCUGAGCACCAACCCAAACCCCACCCCCAAGGACCCUCACUGCCAUUUUUGCACAUUUUUUGACAUUACGAAUGUUGGGUUAGAGUUCAGUCCAGUCACAAAAAAACAAAACAGUGAAAAGGGGACUGGCCCCCCUUUUUUAUAAGCAACUUUUUUAUUCAGGUUGAGCUUGACACAGGUCUUACUGUUUCAUAUCAGAGGUGGUGGGCCGAACAGUGAGAGUAUACCCACAAUCCUCCACGUUGCCUUCACAACUUCACCACAAAGCCACAAAGGACAGCAAUGCCAUAUACUUCGGUCAUGAUGUUAUCUUCAUAAUAUCGGAGUCGUUCAUUCCUUCAGUCUCACUGGUGCUCAAAGAAUGGAUGUAUUUUGGUGCACCUUGAUAUUAUACAUCCUAAACUUUUGUAAAUACUAUUUACACAGUCUGCCUUUUUGUAUACAUUUGUCCUGUUUUUAUGUCAAAGAUGCCAAUACUAGACUGGAAUUUUAUAUACCUGGAAAGUACUGUAAUGCCUCAAUGUUUGAGGAUCAUAAGACUUGGUAAUAUAACAAUAUAUUGUUUGUUUUUUUCUAUGUACAUUACUAAUUCUUACACACCUCUAUACUUUAGUGUGAUGCUGAAACAUACUAAAUUUAAUGCUUAUAUUUUCGUAUGAAAAUGAGUUCUGAGUAGAUAUUACUUUAUCCCCUUGUUCUUUUACUCUAUAAACAGUUACUUUCUUUUUUAUCUUUGUUUUUUAUAUGUGUUACUUCUGGGUGCAUAGAACUGGGUAAACUGAUUUUUUUUAAAAAUAUGUACACUUAGUGCUGCAGCUUAUAGCACUUUGAAAUACCUCAUGUUUAAAAAAAUAAAUAGACAAUGAAAAGGAA